CCGUUUUGCAACAUGGAAGCGGCAUUUUGAAGACGUUCAUAUUUUUGCAAGUUAAAAUGUAUUGUUUCGUUGAUACAGGAUGGAAGUUUCACUAAAGCAACAUGUUUUGAGAUGUCUGAAAAGCCAAAACAUUAUAAAUGGAGUGCAGGUGGCAAGGAUGAUUUUUCAGGUUCUCCUGACGGGGACACUAUACUGCCUACUGCCAGGUUUGCUGGAUGCUACACCUCUGAAGACUAGAGCUGUAGGGGAGGUCAGCAUCGACUCUGCCCAGGCUCAUGGCUUCCUGUCUCAGUCACGCCCCAAACGGAACGUCGACCCUAAGUGGCACCGCAGCAUGCCUGAUUUCCAGUCCUACUACAAAUUCUACAACAGCAUCGGCCAUAUUGAAGGACUGUAUGAGAUUGACAAGAUCAGGAUACUGUAUCAGCAGAUGCGUCACCUAGAGCAGGUCUAUGGCCCAGACGCCUCCAGCUACCAGAAUGCCCUGGGUGUGGUAACCCCACCACCUACCACCGCAGCUCCUACUACCACCACACUGCCUCCUACCACUCAGCCCCCUCCUACCACACCAGCCCCACUUUCUCUUAUUGAGGCUGAUGUCCUGUAUCUGUGUAACCCCAAAGACCCCCUCUGUAAAGCUCACAUCGUUUACCUGCCUGCAGGGGCCAUCCCAGUCCUCUGUGACCCACGCUACAACCCUACCUGCAAACCCCAAACCGGCAAGGUGGUCAUAGCUGCCGCCGCACCUGCAGAACCAGCUGUUGAAGCACCUCCCCCACCUCCACUCCCUCCUAAGAAGUCUCUCCCACCUCCUUCUCCUGCUCCCAUUGUCAUUAAAGGGAUGGAGUAUGACUGCGACCCUUACUGGGACCCUGACUGCUUGAUCGAUCACCCACCUCGCCCUGUCCAGGCGACUGAGCCACCACCACCCCCUACUCUCCCCCCUGUUGUGGUGGCCCCUGUUGAGGAGGAGGAGGAAGAGGAGGAAGAGGAGGAGGAGGAAGAGGAGGAAGAGGAGGAGGUGAAAGAAGAAAUGGCCACCGAGGAGACCGUAGCGCCUUCUGACCCUUAUGAUUGGGGCCGUGACCUCUUUGACCCUUACCGCUAUUCCGACCCAGCACUUGACCCCCAGUAGACAGUUUUUUGUUUUGUUUAUCUAAGUACAAACACAACACAGUAGUGCUGCAGUACAGUAGAAGGUCAUUGACCAAAUACAGGUAGGACUUUGAGCAAAACCAUAACAAACACAAUUAUACACAAACACAACAAUUUCCCCCCAUGUAUUACAUUUCUCAGUUCCAUCAGAUAAUAUUGAUUCAGUUUUAGAGACAACGGACUUAUAAUAUAUUGUGUUCAACGUGUGUGUGUCUGUUAUCAAUUAAUAUAAAAAAAUUAAAAUGUGUCACUUGUC